GUUAGAUUACGCAGUGAAAUAUGUUUGGGCUAGUUAAAAGGAACACCUGUCAUAUGAUAGGCAUGUGGAGUAGACUAGCGGCAUGCACGGUGCAGAAUUUAUCUCAAACAGCCAGCAGAAAUACAGUUAUUGUCGAAAGAUGGUGGCAAGUUCCACUGUCUAAAGAAGGUAGCCCACCUCGACUUAAUCCACGACGUCACCGUGUAUACCGACUUGUCGAGGACACCAAACAUGGUUCUAAAGAGAAGAUGGAGCUCCUUCUUACACAGACAGUGCCUAAGCUUGGAGGCCGGGGUGAUACCGUGUUUGUGGCAAAGUCGUUGGGCCGAAACAAGCUUUUACCUCAGGGCCUGGCAGUGUACCCCUCACCAGAAAACCUGGAAAUGUUUACCGAAGAGAAAAGGCAACUGCGGGAGGGAAAGCCAGAGGACCGGAUUCAGACUCGCACUGGACAAAAGACUUUGGAGUUCUUGAGGAAUGCAAAGCUCGAAGUCCCUAUUAACACAUCCAUGGACUACCAUAUAUCCAAGGAGAUUGUCUGCAGGUAUUUCCAGACAGAACUUGGGGUUGUAGUACCAACGCAUGCCCUUACGCUUCCAGAUGAGCCAAUCACCACUGUGGGGGAGACUUGGUGCGAAGUGACUAUUAAUGGGGUCGACACCGUCCGCAUUACUUUAUCAGUUAAAUCUCAUGAGGAUUAUAAACCCAGACAGCUGAGGAGACGAGGACAAGAACCGAGUCCUGAUACAAAAGCGGAAGGGUCUUCACCUUCUAAUGAAGACCAGAAUACACAAUUAUAGGCAUAACAUUACCAGAAAAUGGUCAUAUGGACAGUUUCUCAAAAAAAAAAAUGGUGACAUGAAGAUCCAUAACAUCUUUCAUUUUGGGCCUAUAAAUGUAUUCUAUGCUGACAGGGGUGAUCUCAUGAGUGAGCAUUAUGCAUCUGGCCUAACAGCUUGUUUUGUCAAGAAAUGCAUCAGUUUCACACUCAGCAUCUUUAUAGGUAGAGCUGAAAGAUGCUAUAGGGAGGAUACAUGGCAGAAACGACAAUGGGACCAUCUUUCUUCCUUAACCAUUGCCUAAUGAGGAUUUAUGUGCUAUUAAAAUAUGUUGUCAAUGA